AUGAAUGAUGAUAUUUUGCUUGUACAAAUCUAUGUUGACGACAUUAUCUCCGGAGCAACUAACGUUUCAAUGUGCAAAGAAUUUGAAGUUUUGAUGCAGAACGAGUUUGAGAUGAGCAUGAUGGGAGAGCUCACCUUCUUCUUAGGUCUACAAGUCAAGCAAUCAGCCGAAGGCAUAUUUAUCAAUCAAUCUAAAUAUGUGCAUGACCUCUUGAAGAAGUACAAGAUGCUCGAAGCCUCUCCCAUGAGGACUCCAAUGGCCCCUGGCCAGAAGAUAAAUAAGGACCUUAAUGGUACACCUGUAGAGUGUAAACUCUACAGAGGAAUAAUAGGAUCCCUCUUGUAUCUAACUGCUAGUAGGCCUGAUAUUAUGUUUUCUACAUGUUUAUGCGCUAGAUAUCAGGCWAACCCAAAAGAAUCUCAUCUUUGUGCAGUGAAGAGGAUCCUGCGCUAUUUGAAAAAGACACCCACACUUGGACUUUGGUACACUCUGCAUUCAAAUAUCGACCUAGUGGCGUACACGGAUUCAGAUUAUGGUGGAUGCCAGAUUGACAGAAAGAGCACCUCUGGGAGCUGCCAGUUCCUAGGAGGAAAAUUGGUGAGUUGGUCGUCAAAGAAACAUAAUUGUGUUUCAACUUCCACCGCAGAAGCCGAAUAUGUGGCUGCUGCGAGUUGUUGUUUGCAAGCUCUGUGGAUACAGACCCAACUUCGUGACUACGGCUACUCUGUCAAGAAAAUCCCCAUCCUCUGCGAUUCAAAUAGUGCGAUUGCAAUAUCAGCCAAUCCUGUUCAACACUCCAAGACAAAACACAUCGACAUAAGGUAUCAUUUUCUUAAACAUCAAGUUGAGGAAGGUAACGUCGARUUGUAUUUUGUCAAAUCUGAWUUUCAAUUGGCUGACCUCUUUAUAAAAGCCCUAAACGAGAAAAGUUUAAUUUCCUUUUGGAGAAAAUAG